ACGGGAAGCAGUUGUGAGUGAACAAGAAGGACUCGUAUCAAAUCCUGUACUUCCCGCUGACGCCACCGUUGACCGAGGCGGAGAAAAUGCAGCGGCGAGUGGUGUAUAGUACGAGGAUCUGCUGAUGCUAUAGGUCACCGAGGAUGAGGAUGAGCACGACACACUUUGGUCCAGAUGGACACUUUAUGCGACCUACUUUUUGGAGUUUGCGCGUCGGACUGCUUUACGAUACAGUACAUCUAUGCAAUCAUCUUGUACUGCUAGCUAUCAUACUCUUCUACUCACGUAAUCUACAAUCUUGGACGAUUGACGCCCACUACUGAAGUUAACGAGCGACAACCUGCAGCAAUGGAGAAUUG